CCAGAAGUCAAGGCUAGUAGAUGUGCAUAAGAGAAUCUAGUUUCUUUGGUUGAGAUGUGGAAGCUCACAAGUCUUAUAACCACCAUCUCUUUAGCGAAAGUCUACACUAAUAUCUAAGUCGUAGGCCUUCUAUUUGUGGUGUCCGAUUCCCCAGGCUUGAGCGGUGUACAACCUUCUCUCUAAGCCCUUCCUGAGUUUACUGUCUUAAGUCUGAUUGAAACUGAAAUCUAUGCGAGACUAUAGGCCUCGCAGCUUCUCAUCAUUGAGCCCAAGGAUCUCUAGUUCCUGGGGACCAGUGCUCGUUGCAAUGCCUGCAAUGAACCCGAGAAGAACCAAGAGCCAGAGUUGGUCACAGGUUCUCUGGCGAGAUCGGUGAAAAUAAGACGUGGGAGGAGAACCGACCAGCCGGGGUUCCAGCUCCGGAUAUGAUAUUGCAUAUUGAGCCUCGACACCGUGGUUCGGACUUGUUAGUUGAUGGGUGGGACCCUUGCAUGCCGUGUAUUGCAUCUGCAGCAUCGCUGUAAUGAUCACAGAAGGAGAACAUUUCCACAUGAACAACGGGCUUUGAACCUGUAGUCCAGUCUUCCAGUCCUCCUCUUCAAUCCCAUAGAUCUGGUUGAUAGUCCACCGUCAACCGCGAGUCCUCACCAUAUCGUGACUGCCAGGAUUCAAAUCCACCUUCUAGGACGCACACCUCCUGCACAUGGCUCUUGUUACUCUCGCCCUCUUCAGGAGUCUGAGCGGCAACUUGUGAGGAUGUCUGCGUCGAGCGGGUGUCCUUAUCAUCGGCCCUCUGCUUGGCUCUUGCAUACCUCAAUGCGGCAGUAGGACCACGCUGCUGGCUCAACAUGCAGUGGAAGACCACUUUGUCCUUGUCCUUGAGCGUUCUCACCAACUCGGGGAUACGAGCGUCAAGUUGAUUGAGAGGAACCCAUGUACUUCCGUUGAUGUUGCCCCCGAUAUGAUCAGAGUCUCUGACAUCGAUAAUGGCCACCUUUUCCCGUUCGCCGGGUUCUAGUAAUACCUUGGCUAAUGAGGUUGGGUGGAGGUAAGUCAACGAGGAGAUUGUGAUGGGGACGAAAGAGGAAGAGGAGGACAUGCUGCGCAGUCGAGGGUGAGGGAACGGUGUCUGGCCGUGGUGUCGCGGGUGGGGGAUGUUAUUUGUCAAUAUCGUCCGGCUUGGCUGAGACCAGAGACGAAACUUCAUAUGUCAAGAUGGUCAAUUGACAGGUCCAGCCCAGUGGUGGUUCAUUGUUGUAAGGCUGAUGAAUGUCUAAGGUCUCUCGCCGCAGAGGAGUUCGUGACACGUGACCGAAAUAACUCGCCAUGUCCGCAAAUGGUGGCUUGUGAUUGGCUGCGAGCUACCACGACUUGGACCAAAUCCUAACCUCGCUUUUGCAAUUCCACUUCUACUACUACGUCCAGAGCACGUUGUUGAAACUCGCUCGGCCGCCACAACCUCCUAACCAGCGAUCGCUGGAGAUCAUACCAACAACAAACGACCUUGUCUUUUAGUCCUGGUCUUCACCUUAGCGAUCAACAUGUCCGCAACGCAGCGGGCGCAGAAAUGCGUUCGCUGCAUCCUCACACGACCUCGUACCCUCAAUUCAACCUCCACCUCCACCUCAUCCUUCUCUCCGAGCAGCCAACAACCUAAAGCAGUUGUCCGACGGCAAUUCUCAUCGUCUCGACUUUCGCGAUCGAACCAAAAUCAGAAUGAGACCCAGAACCAACAACCAGAAAAAUCCAUGAGCCAACUCCUAUCCGAGCUCGGAGCACGACCCAAACGAACAAACCCACUCGAUUUCAUCCCAUUCAAAGCCGCAUCGACCUCACAAUCUCGAUCCCCGGUCGGCACAGUGACCGAAGCGCCAGACUGGCUGAAAAGCAACCUGGGCCAGUCGCUCCUGCGCGAUCUAUCGAGAUCAGGACCGUCGACCUUGUCUUCGACGAUGCUUCGUCUCCGACCCAGUCUAGGACGUACGAUUCGUGUAAUCGGCCAGGACUUAGGGUCGGCAUUGACUAGACUAGAACGUCGAUGUGCGGAAAACAGCAUCAAAAAGGAUGCCAGGGCUCAGCUGUUUCACGUGCGAAAGGGCGCGAAGAGAAAGCUUUUGAAGACGCAAAGAUCAAGAGCUUUGUUCAAGGAGGGUUUCAUCGCUGAGUGUGCGCGGAUUCGGAGGAUGAGGAAACAGGGUUGGUGAGGUGAUAAGAAUACAAAACGACAGAACAUAUCAGUUUGAAGAUAGAUCCUGAAUCGGGAAGACCAAUUGUGUAUCAUCAUCGUCGUCGUUAGUCAUUGAUAUCAAUGGGUUUUCUACGAGCUUUUCGAAAGCAUCAAUGAAAAAAACGACUGUUAAACCAGAA